UGAGGCGGCAGUGGAGACCCAGGAAAAAUCUCGCUGAAUCCGCCUGCCUCAGCACUGGCCAGUUCUGGGAUCCUUUGACCCCUUCCGUGACCGCACCACGCCCCGAGAUGAAUCUACGUUCUGUAUUUACUGUAGAACAACAAAGGAUUUUACAGCGUUAUUAUGAAAAUGGAAUGACAAAUCAAAGUAAAAAUUGCUUUCAGCUCAUAUUACAGUGUGCACAGGAAACUAAGCUGGACUUCAGUGUAGUCAGGACGUGGGUUGGUAAUAAGCGACGAAAAAUGAGUAGUAAGAAUUCUGAAUCAGGAGGAACAACAGGAACUGUUUCUGGUACCGCUUUGGCAGCUCCAGACAUUACAGUCAGAAAUGUGGUUAAUAUAGCUCGACCCUCAAGCCAACAGUCUUCUUGGACAUCUGCCAAUAAUGAUGUCAUUGUAACUGGUAUAUACAGUCCAGCCAGUUCAUCAAGUAGGCAAGGGACAACCAAACAUACAAAUACACAAAUUACAGAAGCACAUAAAGUUCCUAUUCAAAAAACAGCCAGUAAAAAUGAUACUGAGUUUCAGUUGCAUAUUCCUGUUCAAAGACAAGUUGCACACUGUAAAAAUGCCUCCCUGCUCCUGGGUGAAAAAACAAUUAUUUUGUCAAGACAGACAAGUGUGCUAAAUGCUGGCAACUCAGUAUACAAUCAUACAAAGAAAACCUGUGGAAGCUCUUCUGUGCAAACUUCUGAAAUGACAGUACCUCAAAAGCCAUCUGUGUGCCACCGACCUUGCAAAAUUGAACCAGCUGGGACUCAAAGGUCAUAUAAGCCUGAACAUACAGGUCUGGCAUCACAUAACUUAUGUGGACAAAAGCCAACUAUUAGAGACCCUUACUGUAGAACACAAAACCUGGAAAUCCGUGAAGUGUUUUCACUGGCAGUCAGUGACUAUCCCCAGAAAAUUCUGGGAGAAAAGGCCACACAGAAAUCUAACUCAGCAGAAGGAACAUGUUUGUCUAUUGCAAUGGAGACUGGAGAUGCUGAGGAUGAAUAUUCCAGAGAGGAAGAGUUGGCUUCGAUGGGAGCACAGAUACCAAACUACUCAAGAUUUUAUGAAAGUGGCAGUUUCCUUCGAGCUGAGAACCAAAGUGCAACUUUGUCUGGAACAGGAAGAAAUAUGCCAAAUUCACAAAUGGUGAAUAUCAGAGAUUUGUCAGACAAUGUACUGUAUCAAAACAGAGACUACCAUUUGACACCACGGACCUCAUUACAUACAGCAUCUAGUACAAUGUACAAUAACACAAAUCCAUCACGGAGUAAUUUUUCUCCACAUUUUGCAUCAUCAAAUCAAUUGAGAUUAUCACAAAACCAAAACAAUUACCAGAUUUCAGGAAACCUUACUGUGCCUUGGAUUACAGGGUGUUCUAGAAAAAGAGCACUACAGGACCGUACUCAGUUCAGUGAUCGAGACUUAGCCACCCUGAAGAAAUACUGGGACAAUGGUAUGACCAGCCUGGGCUCUGUUUGCAGAGAGAAGAUUGAAGCUGUUGCAACUGAAUUAAAUGUUGAUUGUGAAAUAGUUCGGACUUGGAUUGGGAAUCGACGAAGGAAAUACCGUUUAAUGGGGAUUGAAGUUCCACCUCCAAGAGGAGGCCCUGCUGAUUUCUCUGAGCAGCCCGAAUCUGUUUCUUUGUCUGCACUCACACAAGGAGAGGAAGCUGGGCAUGAAAUAGGAGAGGAUAAUGACAGAAAUGAUGAAGUAUCCAUCUGUUUGUCCGAAGGAAGCUCUCAAGAGGAGCCCAGUGAUAUUGUUCCAAAUGAGUCAAGGGCUCAGAAAGAGGAGGACCACCAUGCAGUAUCCGCAGAUAAUGUGAAAAUAGAAAUUAUUGAUGAUGAAGAAAGUGACAUGAUAAGUAAUUCUGAAGUAGAACAAGUGAAUUCUCUCUUGGAUUAUAAGAAUGAAGAAGUCAGAUUCAUUGAAAAUGAGUUAGAGAUUCAAAAGCAAAAAUACUUUAAACUUCAGACUUUUGUUCGAAGCUUGAUAUUAGCUAUGAAAUCUGAAGAUAAGGAACAACAACAGGCACUGCUGUCAGAUUUACCUCCUGAAUUAGAAGAGAUGGAUUUCAAUCAUGCUUCACCGGAGCCUGAUGAUACCUCAUUCAGUGUGUCUUCUUUAUCAGAGAAAAAUGCCUCAGACAGUUUGUGAUUUGAGGGGGAGGGGAAUAUAUGAUGCAGUCUUUUGGCUGCUUAACA